AUGGCUAGUGGAAGUCGGAAACGGCGCGCGCCUGGUGCAUCGCCCCAGGUUCAGCAGCAGCCCGCCCUCCAGAGUAACGUCUACACCCAAGACACAAGCAACAUGUCAGCAGAGCACUACCUGAAUAAUUGGAACGAUCCACCAGCAGCGGCUGAUAUGAGCACAUCAUUCGGCGACCCCCCGCUAUUUGAAGGGAUGAACUUUGUGGGGCAUGGGGCAGGGCAGUCGACAAAUAGUCGCAUUGUCCCACUGGAUGGGCUCAACAACGGAUCUUCUGGGAGCGCGGUACCCAACCAGGACUCAUAUUCAAGUCAGUUGGUGAGACGAAACCCAAAUCAGCAACUCGCGGCGCGAGGACGGACGCCUUGGGACGCUUUCAAUGGCAACUCAAAUCCAAACCAACAGGGAGGAUGGGAGAACGUGGAAGAUGACGAUGAAGAGUUGGAACAGAAAGCUUUACUGGCAAGGAAAGAUGCACAAGCUAAGAGGAAGCAGAUUCCUCCUUUUGUUCAGAAGUUGAGCAGCUUCCUUGACGAAAAGAACAACACAAACCUUAUUCGUUGGUCAGACGACGGCAACUCGUUCAUUGUGUUAGAUGAAGAUGAAUUUGCGCGGACGCUCAUCCCAGAGCUUUUCAAACACAACAAUUACGCCUCCUUCGUCCGGCAGUUGAAUAUGUAUGGCUUCCACAAGAAAGUCGGUCUUUCGGACAAUUCAAUGAAAGCGAGUGAGACCAAAGCCAAGGCCCCGAGUGAAUACUAUAACAAGUACUUCAAACGAGGUCGACCGGAGUUGUUGUGGCUGAUCCAGAAACCCAAGAAUCCCCCUACAGGUCCCAAGAGGAAAAGAGACGAUGACGGCAGGCAAGGCGAUAGUGAUGAGGAUCGGAAGUAUGCACCUGAUGGAGGAGGCGGCGGAGGUUACGGAGAGGACGGAGUUGCGUUAGCUGGAAAUCAAGAGAUGGCCAUGAUUCCUAGGACCGAGUACAACAGCUUGAGGAGUGAGGUCCGAGCAUUGCAACAACAGCAAAAAGUCAUCUCAAAUGUUCUGAAUCAGAUACGGCGGCAGAACGAUCAACUCUACCAGCAAGCUACUGCUUUCCAAACCCUACACGAACGACACGAGAAUUCUAUCAAUGCUAUACUGACUUUCCUUGCGACCUUCUACAACAGGAGUUUGGAAGCGAACAGCACGGCCAAUAUUGCGGACAUGUUUGGCCCCACCCUUUCUCAACAACAACAGCAACCGCAUGGCAAUGUCGUUGAUGUAGGUGAUUAUAGAGAGAAGCCCCUAAACAAAUCACCUCAACUCCACCGACCCGUCAGGCGUCCUCUGGCUCUACUUCCUGCACCGGCGGCGAAAGACACAGGUUCACCUACAGAUCGAGCACAAACUGUCUGCCCUUCUGCUCGAUCGACCGCAAGUCCAAUUUCGAAACCAACCAGUAGACAACAGCCCGUGUUCAAAUCCUCUGUUCAAUCAAAACCGGCCUCUCAUGCAACGACUGGAUUCGCGAACCCCGUAAAUAAGGAGAGCAGCUCGACAGCCCCAUUGAAAGUCGACAAUACCGAACCCACGCAGGUCUUAGGUCAGAUCCUGGAGCAUGAGAUCAUGUCUGCGAUCCAGAGUGUCAACGCCCACUCGGGACAAACUGCAGCCCAAGCACCGCAAUUUGACUUCCCCUCCGCCCUGACACACUACCAGACUUCCGACGGUAACGUACCCUUAACGCAACAACAACGCAACCAAGUCCUCUCCCUCAUGGCCAACAACACCAGCGCCUCCACCAACGGCAACCUAGCGCAAAACAACAACAACGCCCUCGUCACCCCCCAGCCGCCUGCCAUGCCGUCCCUAGACCAAUUCACAGCAACCCAAGCCCAGCUCGACUUGCUCCAGAAAAUGUCCGAAGACCAGAACUCACGCGUCCAGAAUCUCCAAGAGCGGCUACAGCCUCUCAGUCCCAGCGGUUCAAUUCCUGGCCUAACAGACAACUCCUACUUCGGCAGCAGCAACCUUGGUGAGCCCGGCGCGUACGAUCUCGACCUCGAUUCCUUCGUUCAGGGCGACGACUUCUUUCCCCCCAGCAACAAUAGCCAGAAUGCUACGAAUGCUGCUGCAGGCGAUGUUACGCUUCCAGAUCUAAAUUACGAACUCCCUGAUACUAGCGAUUUGGUGAAUGGUGUAGGUUUUGAUACUAGUACAGGUGCGGGGACUUCUGGUCAGGAGUUCGGAAGUAGUGGUCUGGGCUUCGAUGGGGCGGGAGAUGGCGGUAGCAGGAUCGAGAGUGUCAGUUCGGCCGCUACGAGUCCAGCGGCAACGGUAGAAGAUGAGGUUGAGAGCGUGGAUAACAGGAGUCCGAAGAGGAGGAGGAAAUAG